GCGAGGUGUGCAAAAGUGUGCAACAGCAGGCGACUGUUGCAUUUUUUGUGUUUGUGUAGAAAUUGUUUAUUUAUUGAACUAAAAGAAGGAAAUACAACAUGGAAUUCGAUAGUCCUGAGGAGAAGGAGUUCCCGGGCCUGUAUGCCGCGGAGGCAGCCGAUUCCAAGUCCAAGAAGAGCAAGGAGGAGAGCGAUUUCGACGAGGAUCAUGAGCACAACAAAAUUGACCUGCUUAUAGGCAAGCGAAAGGACAAGAAAGACAAGGGCAAGGAUCGUGGCUAUGCAGCGCUUGAGGGCGAAAGUUCCCCCGAAGAAGAACUGGAAACAAAGAGUCCCUCGAAAUCAAAGAAAUCGAAAACAUUCAAGUUCGUCAGCUCCAAGAGCAAGGAGAAGCGUGAAAAGUCGCGCGACAAGGAAAAGUCAGUGGAGGAGCCGGCGCACAAGGCAAAGGACGCGGAUAAGGACAAAGACAAGGAGCGAGAGCGCCACGAGGAGAAGGAGCUCAAGAAGAAGGACAAGAAGAAAGACAAAAAGGACAAGAAGAGCAAGCAACUGUCACAGCAGCAGGACGAGGACGCCGAGGAGGAGGACCUGGCCAUGGGCUAUCCCGUGUUCGGAGUCUCCGUUAGCCUGGCCACCGAAAGAUCCCGCUGCCACGACGGCACCGAUCUACCGAUGGUGGUGCGGGACUGCAUCGACUACUUGCAGGAGCAGACGCGAAACUUUCUCAUCUACAAGGUGGAGCCCCUCAGGACGGAGCUCCUCCACCUGAAGCGACUCUACAACCACCGAGAGCACAAUGCAGCCAUGGCUCUAUUCACCGUGCCAUUGGCAUGCAGUCUCCUGAAGCUGUUCCUGCGCGAUCUGCCGGAGCCCAUGCUGACCACCGAUCUGAUGUACGACUUUGAGGACGUUGCCAGGAACCGAAGGGGCAAGGAGCAGCGCAUUGGGCUGCAGCAGCUGAUGGAGCAGGUGCCCAAGUGCAAUCGAACGCUGGUCGGCUGGGUGAUGCUCCACUUGUAUGCGGUGACCGACCAGGAGAGGUACAACAAACUGAACCACGAGUCGAUUGCCGUGCUACUGAGCCCCACGCUCCAGAUGUCGGUGCCACUGAUGGUCGCGCUGCUCCGUCACUGUCGCACUAUCUUUGCGGACAUUCAGCUGAUACAAUAUGUGCCGCCGCUCACGGCGUCCUCCCAGCUGCCGGAAGACCCGGAGGACAUCCAAAUGGAGUUGCGCAAGCAGGACAGCCUUCUGACCCAAAUACACAGCGAAAUGAAUGCGGGCUUCAUCACCAAGAAUCGCGAGGAGCAGCUCUGGGAGGUGCAGCGCAUCAUCACACAGUUGAAGCGGAAGUUGCGUAGCUUCGAGAAGAAGCAGGAGAAAUCCAUUGAAGAGCUAGAUGUCAGCGCUAAUCAACCUGCACCAGCUCCACCUGUUGCCGUACCUGUUGGCGAAGACACCACCGACGCCAGUCAGCCAACCGCUGCCCCCACUUCCGAGGUGACAAUCACAGAAGAGCACAAGCCGGGCAGGCGGGCAUCGAGUUCCAGUCCAGUCACGCACAGCAUAGACGUGUCCGACUGCAUCCAGGUGCACAGGAACGAGGAGGAGGAGCCAUCGAGCCCCAGCCCGCCGCUGUACACCAUAGACGGAGAGUCUGGCUUUGUCCUGUUGCCCGAGUCGAAUCCCCACCGCGAGGAGCUGCUGCGCCUGCAAAUCGAAUACGAUGAGCUGGUGGCCUUGCAGAAUGAGCUCAAGGCACGCAUCAAGACCGAACGAAACGAGGUGUAUCGCUUGAAUCGUCUGUGCGAGCAGCAGCUGAUUAAGCACCAAGCGGCCGCUGGGUCACAGCCUCCCAAGGAGGCCGAAUACGAGCGGAUAAUCGAGCACUACAAGCGGGAGAAUGCACUGCUGGAGCACAAGAAGCAAAUGCUGGGCAAGGAGCUGAAGGAGGAGCGUCGGGCGUGCAUUUCACUGCAAGUGGAGUUGCGCCUGCAGCAGUUCUAAAUGUAUUAACCAGUCUAGUUUUAUUCCUGUUCAAUCUCAAUGUGCGUUAAACGAACAAACAGCUGAAGCAGUGGCGUAGAGGAUAGAAGAGAGGAGCAGGAGAAAGCAGCGUCGUGUGCAGCAACUUUUAAAUGUAUUAACCAUUGAAGUUUUACUUCUCUACAAUCUCGAUGUGACGUUAAACGAACAAAAGCUUACAUUUAAAUAAAAGCUCAAAUGUUG